GACCUGAAGUUCUGCAUGGAUGGAGUUCAGACUGCCCUGAGGAGUGAAGACUAUGAGCAAGCAGCAGCUCACAUCCAUCGCUAUCUGUCUCUGGACAAAUCGGUGAUCGAGCUCAGCCGGCAGGGCAAGGAAGGGGGCAUAAUUGAUGCCAACCUGAAGCUCCUGCAGGAAGCAGAGCAGUGCCUGAAGACCAUUGUGACAGAGAAAUUUGACACAGCUAUGAAGCAAGGAGACCUGCCCCAGGUGGAACGCUUCUUCAAGAUCUUUCCUCUGCUGGGCUUGCAUGAGGAGGGGCUCAGCAAGUUCUCAGAGUACCUCUGCAAGCAGGUGGCCAAGAAAGCAGAGGAGAACCUGCAGGUGGUGAUGGGGACAGACCUGAGCGACCGCCGAGCUGCUGUCAUCUUUGCAGACACCCUGACUCUCCUCUUUGAAGGGAUUGCUCGUGUUGUGGAGACCCACCAGCCCAUUGUGGAGACCUACUAUGGGCCAGGCAGGCUCUACACCCUCAUCAAGCACCUCCAGGCAGAGUGUGACAGGCAGGUGGAGAAGGUGGUGGACAAGUUCAUGAAAGAGAGGGACUACCACAGGCAGUUCCAGCAAGUGCAGAGCAGCAUGAUGAGAAGCUCUUCUGCAGAGAAGAUUGAACCAAGGGAGCUUGACCCUAUUCUGACAGAGGUCACUCUGAUGAACGCCCGCAGCGAGCUCUACCUGAGGUUCAUCAAGAGACGAAUUACAGCUGACUUUGAGGUGGGAGACUCCAUGGCCUCAGAGGAGGUAAAGCAAGAACAUCAAAAAUACCUGGACAAGCUCCUCAACAAUUGUCUGCUGAGCUGCACCAUGCAAGAGCUCAUUGGCUACUACAUCACCAUGGAGGAAUACUUCAUGAGAGAGACUGUCAACAAGGCUGUAGCCAUGGACAGCUAUGAGAAGGGGCAGCUGACCUCCAGCGUGGUGGACGACGUGUUCUACAUCGUGAAGAAGUGCAUUGGGCGUGCUCUGUCCAGCUCCAGCAUCGACUGCCUCUGUGCCAUGAUCAACCACUCCACCACUGAGCUGGAGUCUGACUUCAGGGAGGUUUUGCACAACAAGCUGAAGCAGGGCUUUCCAGCCACCACCUUCCAGGACUUCCAGAGGGGGGUGACCAGUGCUGUGAACAUCAUGCACAGCAGCCUGCAGCAGGGCAAGUUCGAUACCAAAGGCAUUGAAAGCACCGACGAGGCCAAGCAGUCUUUUCUGGUGACCUUAAACAAUGUGGAAGUCUGCAGUGAAAACAUCAUGACCCUGAAGAAGACUUUGGAGAGUGACUGCAGCAAGCUGCUGAGCCAAGGCUUUGGGGGUGAGCAGGCCCAGGCCAAGAUUGACAGCUGCCUGUCUGACCUGGCUGCUGUCUCCAGCAAGUUCAGGGACCUGCUGCAGGAAGGUCUCAACGAGCUGAACAGCACAGCCAUCAAACCCCAGGUGAAGCCCUGGAUCAACCUCUUCCUCUCUGUCUCCCACAACAUUGAGGAGGAGGAAUUCAGUGACUAUGAAGCCAACGACCCCUGGGUGCAGCAGUUCAUUGUCAACCUGGAGCAGCAGAUGACAGAGUUCAAGGCUGGACUCUCCCCCGUGAUUUAUGACACCCUCACUGGCCUCAUGACCAGCCUCAUUGCCAUUGAACUGGAGAAAGUGCUGCUCAAAUCCACCUUCAGCAGGCUUGGUGGUCUGCACUUUGACAAGGAGCUGAGGUCUCUGGUAGCUUACCUGACCACGGUCACCACCUGGACCAUCCGUGACAAGUUUGCCAGGCUUUCCCAGAUGGCCACCAUCCUCAACCUGGAAAGGGUGACAGAGAUCCUGGAUUACUGGGGCCCCAACUCAGGCCCCCUCACCUGGCGCCUGACUCCCGCCGAGGUGCGGCAGGUCCUGGCUCUCCGCAUCGACUUCCGCAGCGAGGACAUCAAACGCCUGCGCCUGUAG